AUGAUAAAAAAAAACCAAGUGAAGCUUUCAAAACAAAAUAAAUGGUUCCCUUACGUACUUAAUACAAAUACAUGGGAAAAAUACAAUACAACAAUAAUUUCAGUGUCAAGCUUUUCAUCAAUAAACUUAAAUAAAAUAAAAACUAAAGAGACUUUGACUGAUCGAGUAAUCGAAAUCUAUUCAAGUAUAUUAAUAGUACCGGAGGUUCACUUUUAUGUUAUAACUAAAAGUGAUUUAAUAAAUUUGAAUUUGACAGAUGUUCACCUUAUUCAAAAGUAUCAUUAUCUUCAAUACAUAGAUUUAUCUCACAAUAAUUUAUCAGAUUUAUCGUCUUUAAGUAGACUUCCUUACCUCUUAUACUUAAAUGUAUCACACAAUAAGCUAAAAGAUAUUUCAAACUUUGCACCACCAAGGUAUUUAACUUAUUUAAAUUUAUCACAUAACAGCAUAACAUCGAUGAAAAGUUUAGAAAAUUUUUGGAGUAUCGUCAAUUUAGAUCUUUCUUAUAAUUUUAUAAAGAAAAUUCCCCGAUUACAUAAUUUCAGGUACUUCUCUAUUGUUUCAGCGACUAUUACAUUCAAUCCACCGAUUAAUUUAUUAGCAUCCCGUGGAGCUACUCAACUUACUUUACUAGAACAGUUGAAUGUAUCCAAAAUUGAUGAUAGUAUGGCGUCGUAUGAUGAAAAUAGCCCACCUUUAAUAAUACUUAGUGGUCCAUUGGCUGUAAAAAAAUUAGCUUUAGGUCGACAUUUAUUUUUAAAAAACUCUGAUAAAGUAAAAUAUUGUCGCAGCCAUACAACAAGAAAAAAUUUUACAAAUGAUAUAGAGAAUGGUGGUUUUUAUUUUGUGAACCACGAAGAAUUCCAUGAAAUGGCUCGAAAUGGAGAAUUUUUAACUAUAGAAGAGAUUUUAGGAGAUAGCUAUGGACUUCAUGUUAGUGAACUAGUUAAACUAAAAAAAGAAAAAAAAAUUGGUAUAACACAACUGGAUUUGUUAGCCACAAUACAAAUAAAAAUAAGAUAUCCACCGGUAAAAUUGAUACUUGUUUUCACCGAAAACGAAGAAAUGCAUCGACAAUGGAUCGAAGAUAAACUUCGAAUUUUUAGAUGGAUUAAAAAUAGCUCUAAAAAUUUAUGGGCGUUAUCGAUUCAUAGAGAGUAUAAUAUAAAUAAUGUAGAUUCAAUGGUUAAUAAAAUGAACAUUGUAUCUACUAUUGUCAAUAAACUCGACGUAUCUUCUUCUUAUUCUAAUGAGAUACAAUAUUUAAAUUCGAAAAGUAUGUCAAAAAAAUUAUUGAAAAAUGAAUCUAUAUUACCGAAAGUGACAAUAUUAUAUAAAUUAUCAAAAAAUAAGAAACAUGUUAAAAUCAUGAAUUCAAAAUCCUUCAUAAAAAAUUUAUGUCAGGAGUCGUUCACAGAUAGCGAAGAUAAUGAAUCAAAAUUAAAUAUUGACUUAGAAGAAAUGAUAAAUAAUAUGAAUAGUAAUGAAAAUGCGCGAAAAAAAGUAAGUCAAGAGAUAAUUUCGGAAAAAUUUGAAGCCGAUGAUAUUUUGUUCGAUACAUCAUUUCAGAAAUAUGAAAAUAUCAACAAACUUAAGAAUGAAUACAUUGAA